AUGGGGGAGAAAGUUUCCGAGGCGCCCGAGCCGCUGCCCCGCGGCUGCGGCGGCGGCUACGGCGCCCGGACGCCCGCCCCUGCGGCGACCGCCGCGUCCUCGCUGGGCGCUUCCUCGGCGGAGUCCUCCUCGGGCUCAGAAACUCUGUCGGAGGAAGGGGAGCCCGGCGGCUUCUCCUGCCCGCGGCCGCCGCCGCCACCGCCGCCGCCGGGCGGCGCCCUGGGCCCCCGGCCGCCCGCCGCCUGGGCUCCCACCCGCGCGGGGCUGGAGCUCCGAGUCUCCGCGCCGCCGCCGCCCGCAGGAGCCGCGCCGCCCGCUCCCGGAGGCAGCAGCGCGUCCCAGGAGGAGCACGACGAGGAGCUUGACCACAUAUUGUCCCCACCACCCAUGCCAUGUCGGAAGUGCAGCAACCCAGACUUGGCUUCGGGCCCUGGGAAGUCCCUGAAGUUUAAAAGCCAGUUGAGCGAAGACGGACGGCAGCUGCGGCGGGGGAGCCUGGGAGGUGCGCUGACAGGAAGGUACCUCCUUCCUAACCCCACCGCAGGGCAGACCUGGUCAGCGUCUGCAGAGACCUCCAACCUCGUGCGCAUGCGCAGCCAGGCCCUGGGCCAGUCGGCGCCCUCGCUCACGGCCAGUCUGAAGGAGCUAAGUCUUCCCAGGAGAGGAAGUUUGAUAGAUUCCCAGAAGUGGAAUUGCUUGGUCAAACGUUGCCGAACAAGCAACCGAAAAAGCUUAAUAGGAAAUGGGCAGUCAACAGCAUUGCCCCGACCACACUCACCUCUCUCGGCUCAUGCAGGCAAUAGCCCUCAAGAUAGCCCAAGAAAUUUCUCCCCCAGUGCCUCAGCCCAUUUUUCAUUUGCACGGAGAACUGAUGGACGUCGCUGGUCCUUGGCUUCUCUCCCCUCCUCUGGCUAUGGGACAAACACACCCAGCUCCACCGUAUCUUCAUCCUGUUCCUCCCAGGAGAAGUUGCACCAGUUACCAUACCAACCAACACCAGAUGAGUUACACUUCUUAUCGAAACAUUUUUGUACCACCGAAAGCAUCGCCGCAGAGAACAGGUGCAGGAACACCCCUAUGCGCCCCCGUUCCCGAAGUCUGAGCCCUGGACGUUCUCCCGCCUGCUGUGACCAUGAAAUAAUUAUGAUGAACCAUGUCUACAAAGAAAGGUUCCCAAAGGCCACGGCGCAGAUGGAAGACCGUCUGAAGGAAAUCAUCACCAGCUACUCCCCAGACCACGUGCUGCCCCUGGCAGAUGGGGUGCUCAGUUUCACUCACCACCAGAUUAUUGAGCUGGCGCGAGAUUGCUUGGAUAAAUCCCACCAGGGCCUCAUCACCUCCCGAUACUUCCUUGAAUUGCAGCACAAAUUAGAUAAAUUGCUACAGGAGGCUCACGAACGGUCAGAAAGCAGUGAGUUGGCUUUCAUUAAACAACUAGUCCGGAAGAUCCUGAUUGUGAUCGCCCGCCCCGCUCGGUUACUGGAGUGCCUGGAAUUUGACCCUGAAGAGUUUUACUACCUGCUGGAAGCAGCAGAGGGCCAUGCAAAAGAAGGGCAGGGCAUUAAAACGGACAUUCCCAGGUACAUCAUUAGCCAGCUGGGACUCAACAAGGACCCCCUGGAAGAAAUGGCUCAGUUGGGAAACUAUAGUAGCGGGACAGCAGAAACACCGGAAACAGAUGAAUCAGUGAGUAGCUCAAAUGCUUCCUUGAAACUUCGAAGGAAACCUCGGGAAAGUGAUUUUGAAACGAUCAAAUUGAUUAGCAAUGGAGCCUAUGGGGCAGUCUACUUCGUCCGGCAUAAGGAGUCCCGGCAGCGCUUCGCCAUGAAGAAGAUCAAUAAGCAGAACCUCCUCCUCCGGAACCAGGUCCAGCAGGCCUUCGUGGAGCGGGAUAUCCUGACGUUCGCGGAGAACCCCUUUGUGGUCAGCAUGUACUGCUCCUUCGAAACCAGGCGCCACCUGUGCAUGGUCAUGGAGUACGUGGAAGGGGGUGACUGUGCCACCUUAAUGAAGAACAUGGGUCCUCUCCCCGUGGAUAUGGCCCGGAUGUACUUUGCUGAGACGGUCCUGGCCUUGGAAUAUCUGCACAAUUAUGGAAUAGUUCACAGGGAUUUGAAACCAGACAAUUUGUUGGUCACCUCCAUGGGGCACAUCAAGCUGACAGAUUUUGGAUUAUCCAAGGUGGGACUGAUGAGCAUGACUACCAAUCUUUAUGAGGGUCAUAUUGAGAAGGAUGCUCGCGAGUUCCUAGACAAACAGGUCUGCGGCACACCUGAAUACAUUGCCCCAGAAGUGAUUCUGAGGCAGGGUUACGGAAAGCCUGUGGACUGGUGGGCCAUGGGCAUUAUCCUCUAUGAAUUUCUGGUUGGAUGCGUGCCAUUCUUUGGGGACACUCCAGAAGAGCUAUUUGGACAAGUCAUCAGUGAUGAGAUCAACUGGCCUGAGAAGGAUGAGGCGCCACCGCCAGACGCCCAAGAUCUGAUCACCUUGCUGCUCAGGCAGAACCCCCUGGAGAGACUGGGAACAGGUGGCGCAUAUGAGGUCAAACAGCAUCGCUUCUUCCGAUCCUUAGACUGGAACAGUUUGCUGAGACAGAAGGCGGAAUUUAUUCCCCAGCUGGAAUCUGAAGAUGACACGAGUUAUUUUGACACUCGGUCAGAGAAGUAUCACCACAUGGAGACGGAGGAAGAAGACGACACCAAUGAUGAAGACUUCAACGUGGAAAUAAGGCAGUUUUCCUCCUGCUCGCAUAGGUUCUCAAAGGUUUUCAGCAGCAUAGACCGGAUAACUCAGAAUGCAGGCGAAGAGAAGGAAGACCCUGGGGACAAAACCAAAAGCACCACUUUGCCAUCCACGGAAACGUUAAGCUGGAGUUCGGAAUAUUCGGAAAUGCAACAGUUAUCCACAUCCAACUCUUCAGACACGGAAAGCAACAGACACAAGCUCAGUUCUGGCCUGCUUCCCAAACUGGCUGUUUCAGCCGAGACAGAGCCCGAUGCGGCUGCUCCCUGCCCCGGCGACCUCCACGAGGAGCCGGAGAAGCCAGCCCUUCUUCCUGCCGAGUGCGCUCAGGAGGAGCCUGAGGUCACCACCCCAGCCAGCACCAUCAGCAGCUCCACCCUGUCAGUUGGCAGUUUUUCAGAGCACUUGGAUCAGAUAAAUGGACGAAGCGAGUGUGUGGACAAUACAGAUAAUCCCUCCAAGCCACCCAGUGAACCCGUUUCCCAUAUGGCUCGGCAGCGCUUAGAAAGCACAGAGAAAAAGAAAAUCGCGGGGAAAGUCACCAAGUCCCUUUCCGCCAGUGCUCUGUCCCUCAUGAUCCCAGGAGAUAUGUUUGCUGUUUCUCCACUGGGGAGCCCAAUGUCUCCCCACUCCCUGUCCUCGGACCCUUCUUCUUCACGGGACUCCUCUCCCAGCCGGGAUUCGUCGGCAGCCUCUGCCAGUCCGCACCAGCCCGUGGUCAUCCACAGUUCAGGGAAGAACUAUGGGUUCACUAUCCGCGCCAUCCGGGUGUACGUGGGGGACAGUGACGUCUAUACGGUGCACCACAUCGUUUGGAAUGUAGAAGAAGGAAGCCCAGCCUACCAGGCGGGCCUGAAGGCCGGGGACCUGAUCACACACGUCAAUGGAGAGCCGGUGCACGGACUGGUCCACACGGAAGUGAUAGAGCUCUUGCUGAAGAGUGGGAAUAAGGUGUCAAUCACUACGACCCCGUUUGAGAACACAUCAAUCAAGACGGGACCAGCCAGGAGAAACAGCUAUAAGAGCCGGAUGGUGAGGCGGAGCAAGAAAUCGAAGAAGAAAGAGAGUCUGGAACGGAGGAGGUCCCUUUUCAAAAAACUAGCGAAGCAGCCUUCUCCUCUGCUGCACACCAGCCGAAGUUUCUCCUGCCUGAACCGAUCGCUGUCGUCCGGGGAGAGCCUCCCGGGGUCCCCCACGCACAGCCUGUCUCCCCGAUCCCCCACACCCAGCUACCGCUCCACCCCCGACUUCCCAUCCGGGACUAACUCCUCACAGAGCAGCUCCCCAAGUUCCAGUGCCCCCAACUCCCCGGCGGGCUCGGGACACAUCCGGCCCAGCACGCUCCACGGCCUGGCCCCCAAGCUCAGCGGCCAGCGCUACCGGUCCGGAAGGCGUAAGUCCGCCGGCAACAUUCCGCUGUCCCCGCUGGCCCGGACCCCCUCUCCGACGCCACAGCCCACCUCCCCGCAGCGCUCUCCGUCCCCCCUGCUGGGACCCCCGCUUGGCAAUGCCAAGAUCGCCCAAGCCUUUCCCGGCAAGAUGCACUCCCCUCCCACCAUCGUCCGACACAUCGUGAGGCCCAAGAGCGCGGAGCCGCCGCGGUCCCCGCUGCUCAAGCGCGUGCAGUCGGAGGAGAAGCUGUCCCCGGCCUACGGCGGCGACAAGAAGCUCCUGUGCUCCCGCAAGCACAGCCUGGAGGUGACCCAGGAGGAGGCGCCGCCACGGGAGCCGUCCCCGCGGGAGGCCGCCCUGCAGAGCCUGGAGGAGGCCGCCGCCUGCGACACGCCGGCCCUGAGCCGGGCCAGGCCCGUGGAGCAAGGCUGCCUGAAGCGGCCCGCCCCCCGCAAGCUGGGCCGCCAGGAGUCCGUGGACGACCUGGACCGCGGCAAGCUGAAGGCCAAGGUGGUGGCGAAGAAGCCCGACGGCCUCCCUGCGAAACCGGAGCCCCACCCCACGGCCCACCCCGCACUCGGCACCGAUUCGGAAAACCACGCCGCGGGGAGGCUGGCGGAGAGGGAGAAGAAGAUGUACCCCAAGGCCCUGGAGAGGUCCGGUCCUUUGGAGAACAGAGCAGCUGUGCAGGAGGCCCCGGGCCCAGGCGCCCUCCACAAGCCAGUGGGCACCUCGGGCGGGGCAGCCGCUGGCCGUGGCCAGGCCCCCGUGGACCUCAGCCAGGGCGCCGGUGACUGCACACCGGCCUCUGCGCCCAGCGCCCUUCCAGACGGCCUCUGUCCCUCCAGCGACAGGCCCACCUUUGGGAGGGGGGACGCCGUGGACAAGGCUCCCCCGGCCAAGGAGGGCCUCCGGUGUGAAAAGUUCGACGGCAAGCUGGCCGGCGUGGACUACCUCCGGAAGAAAGUGUCCCUGGACGACAAAGAUGACAGCCUCUGCCUGGCGCUCAAGCCCAAGAUGCCAGCCGGCGCCCACGAGGGCGCGCCCGGGAGCGCGGUCCGGCCCGCGGGCGGGCAGCAGGAGGCGCCGGCCCCCGAGAGCCGGCCGUUCGGCAGCGGCGCCCAUGCGGCUCCGAUGGGCGGCGUGGUGUUCGUCCCGCUCAAGGCCCUGGCCGGCCGGGGGGACGGUGGGGCGGAGAAGCAGGGCCCGGCGGCUCCCGAGGCCCCCGUCCGGAAAAGCCCCUCCGAGUAUAAGCUGGAAGGGAGGUCCGUGUCCUACCUGAAGCCCAUCGAGGGCACGUUGGACAUCGCUCUCCUGUCCGGACCUCAGGCCUCCAAGACGGAGCUGCCUUCUCCGGGACCCACGCCGAGCUCCGGCCCCGGAGGUGCCCUGGGGCCCACCGUGCCGCCCGCCCUCCCCAGCGAUGGCAAGAAGGGUGCCGCUGCUGGCCAGCGGGAGUCCCCCCCUGCUGGCUUCAAGGUGAGCAAAUCCUACCUGCUGGAGCCUCGGUUCCUGCCCCCCAGCCGUGGCCUCCAGAGUUCACCGUCAGCUCCCCUGCCUGACCCGGCGCUGAAGCCGGGCAGGGACAUCUCCCAGGCCACCAGGAGCCCCGCCACAGACGCCGAAAACGAUCCCCAGUGGAGAGAGGGCGGGCCCAGCGCACGCCAAGACCCUGGCUCCAGCUCCAACACCAAAGGCCUGCCCUCCCCGGGGCAGGCCCUGAGUGGCGCCCACCCAUCCAGGGCCCCUGGCCCGCCCCUGCCCGAAGGUGUCCCCUCCCGGGAGAAGCCGGGUGGGAGGGAGCCGUCGGAGAGGGGCCCUUCCACGGCCAGAACAGAGCUGCAGGCCACAAGGGCCGCCGUCCGCAGAGACCCUGCCCCGGAGCCGAGUCCUCCACAAGCUGCUAAAACCAGUGACCACGGAAAUCUGCCGUCCGUGGGAGGAGCCCGCUCAGACAUCCACACACAGGCCCUGGCCACGGAGAAGGCCCGGGGCCCUUGCGGGAAACCGGGCCACCAGGAUGGCCGGGAGGAGGUGAGGCCUCUGGCCAAGGACCCCUUUCUGCCCCCCGUGGGCACGGGGACGCCUUGUGAGCGGGAGCCGAGCAAGGGAAGGAGCAUCCUGCAACCCACAUCGGAAGCCCCUCCUGCCAGGCAGUCUCUGCAGCCCCCCGAGGGCGGGAAGAGUGACAAGCUCCGCAGUUUCCCUUCUUUGCAGAGAGAUGAGCCCCGGGAACCAGAGAGGAAAGAACAGCUGCAGCCACGGCACAGCAGCGGCUCUCAGCCCCCACCAGUCACUAAGGACCCGCCCGGCCCGGCUCGGCAGCCCUGCAGCACGCCCAGCCCUUCCUCAGGCAGAGAGCUGGGCACCAAGGACCCGCCCGGCCCCGCCUGGCAGCCCUGCAGCACACCCUGCCCCUCCCCAGGCAGAGAGCUGGGCACCAAGCCCUGGACCACAGAACCCAGCCUGGGCCUCCCGGAUCCGCCCAGGUCCGCGGCUGUGCGUGGUGAGAGCAGCCACAAGCCCGGGCCUGCCCCUGACCCGAGCCCUGCAAAAUCCAAGCAUCCAGACCGUCCCCUCGCUUCUCAGAGGCUGGGCAUUGGGGCUGCGGUAGCCAGAGAGCCUGGCACACAGCCCCCCAGCGGCCCCGGCCAAGACGGGAAGGGCAGCGGUAAGGGUGUGUUGAAUGUGUACCCUGCUCUCCUGGGUUCCCAGAACACAGCCAGCCCUGUGACUGGCCAGGCAGGAAGUGGGUCCUCAGGCCCCAUGCCCCCCAAAGGGGGUCCCCUGGACACCAAGCUGAAGCCCACAGACGGUGGGUGUGCCCUGGAGGCGUCGGAGAGGCCUGUGCAUCUGCCCCGGCAAGCACACCCCGGGGCCGGUGCGUCUGCGGAUCAGAAACUCCCCACUGUCAGUGAGAAGCUAAACCUGUCUCCAAAGCACCCCAAACCGCCCACUGUGAGAGACGGCCCCCCGCCGUGCAGACAGACGGACAAGAGCCCCAGUCCCCUGGCCACCACCGCCACAGACAGGAAGCCCGAAGGGAAGAAAUGCAUGGAAGCACUUUAUGGUCCGACGACGACGGACGGCAGGAAGCUGGAGGCCAGCCUGCCCCCAAUGCAGAGCGAGGCCAGGCCAAGGGGCACAGAGAGGCCGACGGGGGCCGGGGCAAAGGGCCCGCCAGACGCCAAGGGGAAAGGCCUCAGUGCCCAGAAGCCACCACCUGAGCCAGGCAAGCCUGGUGGCAUGAAGCGGUCGCCCUCAGCCAUCGGGCAGAGCUCCUUCCGGCCCGCCGCCCUCCCGGAGAAGUGCCUGAGCACCUCCUCCAGCUUUCCCGAGGCCAGGCCCGGGGCUCGAGAGGCCCCCACGGCCGGCAGCGACCCCGCCUCUGCCAAGGCCAGCGGGGCCAAGGCUGAGCCCACAGCCCCCAGCUGCAGGGACCAGAGGAAACCCCCAUCUGGGGGGGAUGCUGGGAGCCACAUGACAAAGAGCGACUCCCUGCCCUCCUUCAGGAGCUCCUCCAUCACGGUGGAGUUACAGCACCCCAACCCAACCACGGCGUGGGGCGCCGGGCCCCGGGACAGGGCCCUCUCAGUAACUGCCCCCCCAGGAGAAACCAAAGAGAGAGAGCCGGCCCCGGCCCAGCCUCAGACCAGGAAGCAGAAUGCGGGCAGAGAAGUGACCAAGCCGUCCCCCGUACCGGGCACAGACCGCCCCACCGCCGCCCUCCCUUCCGAGAAGGACUCUGUGGUCCGGCAGAGGCGGGGGAAAGAGAGCUUGCGGAGCAGCCCUCACAAAAAGGCCUCCUAA